GGUAACCCGACCCGACCCAUUUCCCACGUAACAAUUCGGCUGAUACCAAACGUUAAGGUUAAACCCUUGUCUUCGGCCUUAGCAAAAACCCCUCUCUGUUACCGCUGCCCUCUCGCGAAAAUGGCAGCAAACGAUGCCGUCCUCGUCCGUUCUCUGGAGCUACGCCUCCUUCGAUGCUCUCUGCCGUCUGACUAUCCUUUGAAGCCGUCGUCGCUUGACCAAUCCUCCCCGUCCGUCCCUCCUGUGUUUCCCCACCUCCACCACCUCAUAAACGAUGUUCUGGUUCUUAUCGAAUCAGGUCAAUUUCUCCAAGCCCUCGCCUCCUCUCCGGCUUCUCGGGCCCUGUUUUCAAAUCUGAAAUUCGAACCCUCCGACUCAGCCCACCGCUUCUACUCUGAGACACUUCCCCAAUGCGUUAGCUCGUUUCUGGAUAUUAAUGGCACUACAGACUCCGUAGAGUUGGGUUAUAAAGGAUUGCUUGUCAUGGCUGUUGGGGUUGCGGCUUUGUUUGCCUUUACUCAGUGCAACAUUACUGGUACUUAGUUUUUGCAAGGACUCUGCUUAUGAGGACAAAAGAUGUGCUAUUUGAAGGAAAUUCUUCUUCAAUAGAUGGAGUAAGAAGUAUCUCGUGGUGGUUGGCCAGAGCUUUAUUCUUGCAUCAGAAACUGUUGGAUGAACGGUCAUCUUUUCUUUUUGAUCUGUUACAAGUUAAUACACAUGAAAGUUUGUCUUUUCUGGGCACCUUGGAGAAGAUAAAAGAUUAUUGGUGUGCCAUUGAAGAUUAUUCAACUAUUUUGUCGAUGCUACAUUUAGAAGUGGGGAUACUGGACCUUUAUUAUGGGCGUGUAGAUACUUCCAAGCAGCAUUUUGAAUCAGCGGCUGAGAUUUCCAACUACAAUUUUUUUGUAAGUGGGGCUCUUGGUUUUCGGACACUCCAUCAGGUGGAACCAAAAGCUCAGCUCCGUCUUGUUGCUGGAGCAAAUGAUGGAGAUACCUCUGCACCAGUAAGCCACAAGUCAAGCAUUACUGAUAAUUAUCCACUUCAGCAACCUUCUGAAGUGUAUGAAGCAUCUGAUAUAUUGAUGAUCCCUAGAUUCGUAGAAGAUGAGGGACAGUCUGAAGGUGUUGAGCUGGGUGCUCAAAAUAAUGCUAUUGCAGCCUCCCAAUUGAAUGCAGUCCACCAAGCAGUGAUUCUGGCUCAAUGUCUUUCUAUCGAGAAAACUGCUCGUAAUGAUGAAUUGCAGAAGUGGGAAAUGGCUCCAUAUAUAGAGGCUAUUGAUUCUCAGGAUGCAUCACCAUUCAUUCUUCGAUGUUUUUGCAAUAUAUUACGUAUCAGGUGGGAGUUGAGUCGUACAAAAACAAAGCAACGUGCAUUAUUGAUGAUGGAUAAGCUGGUUGAAGCUGUGUACAAUAAUUCUCCUGGAGUUGCUCAAAGAUUGUAUUAUUGCUUUGGAGUUAACAUGCCUUCUAUUCCUGCACUGCGUAGGGAGUAUGGUGAUCUUUUAGUGAGUUGUGGCUUGGUUGGGGAAGCUAUGAAAAUUUAUGAGGAUCUUGAGCUAUGGGAUAAUCUGAUAUAUUGUUAUCAGUUAGUGGAUAAGAAAGCAGCGGCUGUUGAACUCAUCAAGAAACGACUGUCUGAGAAGCCUUAUGACUCAAGGUUAUGGUGUUCCCUUGGUGAUGUUACAAACGAUGAUGCUUCCUAUGAGAAAGGCCUUGAAGUUUCAGGAAAUAGGUCUGUCCGAGCACUUCGGUCUCUUGCUCGUUCGGCCUACAACCGAGGAGAGUAUGAGAAGUCGAAACUCUUAUGGGAAUCAGCAAUGGCUUUGAAUUCCAUGCAUCCAGAUGGCUGGUUUGCUCUUGGUGCUGCUGCCUUAAAAUCUAGGGAUGUUGAUAAGGCACUGGAUGCUUUCACACGAGCUGUUCAACUUGAUCCUGAAAAUGGAGAGGCUUGGAAUAAUAUUGCUUGUUUGCAUAUGAUUAAAAAGAGAAGCAAGGAGGCCUUCAUUGCAUUUAAGGAGGCGCUAAAACAGAAGCGAGACAGCUGGCAAAUGUGGGAGAAUUAUAGCCAUGUUGCUGCAGAUAUUGGGAACUUUACCCAGGCAAUGGAAGCUGUACAAAAGGUGCUGGACAUGACUAAAAAGAAGAGAAUUGACUCCGAGUUGUUAGAAAGAAUCAUGCUUGAAAUUGAGGGUCGAGUUUCAGUUGGUCUUUCUCAAUCUCAUGUCUCAAACGAUAAUAUCAACCAUGCCAACUCUUCUAAUUUUGAGUCAAAUGUAGCUGAUGCCAAUGGAGCAAAGAGUUUGGAGGUCGACUCUGCAAGUAGACGGGAAACGGAGCAUCUGAUUGAACUGCUUGGAAAAAUCUUAAGACAGAUUGUUCAAAGUGGUGGUAGUGCUGACACAUGGGGACUUUAUGCAAGGUGGCACAGGCUGAAAGGGGAUCUUACAAUGUGCUCAGAGGCCCUACUGAAGCAAGUUAGAUCGUACCAAGGAUCUGACUUAUGGAAGGACCGAGACCGGUUUGUGAAGUUUGCACAUGCUUCCUUGGAACUUUGUAGGGUUUAUCAAGAACUUGCAUUGCGUGGCUCCAGUCGUAGAGAACUAUUUGCUGCUGAGAUGCAUUUGAAAAGUACAAUUAAACAGGCUGUAAAUUUUUCUAACAUUGAAGAAUAUAGAGAUCUUGUAGAUUGUCUUGAAGAUGUGCAAGCAGCACUGAGAUCUAGCUCAUUACCUGGUGCGUGAAGCUUCUGUCCGGUCUCUGACUGUCACUGAAAAGCAAAAAUAUGGAAGCUGAAUCGAUUUAAAUAAGAUUCUAGAUUGCACAUGGACAAGUACUCAGAAGCAUGCAUACAGAAAAUUGAUACAGAACCUGGAGCUUGUGACCAGGCUCAGGACCAUCUCGGUCGAAAGACCUUCGCAAUGUGAAGAUGGUGAACUGCUUACGGACUUCGUUUGCAAACUGGUACUUAUAUGCUCUGAGCAAUGAUUGAAAAGAGUUCAUGCCUGAAUCAUGAGAUACAUAAGCUAUUCUAAAGAUCAGCAUUAGGAUCUCUCAGGUUGCUGAUAUUCUGAAUGUUUCUAGGACUGCUUUUGUCGCCUGUGUGUUUAUUUCUAAAGGCCUAACAAUUUAUGUUGUAUCGAUUAUAUGUUUAUUUCCAAAGUGUUGUUCAUUUGGACGAAGCUGUAUUAUUUGUAUAUCCCAGAAUGAGUUUUUCCUUGAUUUAGGUACUUCUUUUCCUUUGAA